ACACACUGCUAUCGGGGAGACACAUUGGCAGCGGCAGGAAGUGGGAUGCAGAGCGAUUCCUGGAAAGGAGGGAUGUUUGCAGGUUAGGAUGCUCUGAGGGCCCCCCCCCCCCAUUUUGGAAGCCCACCCCCCUGAUACUGCUCAUGCUCACAGUAUCUCACCCCCCUCCCUCAGCAUCCUGUGUGUCUCUGGCAGCAUCUCUCCUCCAGGGCUGGCGACACGCCGGGAUCACCAUGGCAGAAGGCGAUGACUUACAGGCGUUCACCUCAAUCAUGGAUGCUCUGGUCAGGAUCAGUACCAGUAUGAAGAAUAUGGAGCGUGAGCUCUUGUGCCCAGUGUGCAAGGAGAUGUACAAACAGCCCGUCAUUCUGCCGUGUAAGCACAACGUGUGCCAGGUAUGCGCCAGCGAGAUCCUGCUGAAAAGAGGGUACGUCUGUGACCCCAACUCCGAGCCAAACUCGCCAGCGUCAUCCCCUUCUGCGCGGAGCCCCCGCAUAGGCCGGAGAGUGGUGCCCAAGCAGGAGCGGCUGAUCAAGUCAGGGUUCGGCACCUAUCCGGGGAGAAAGCGCGGUACUGCGCAGUCACAGACGGUCCUCUUCCCGUGUCCUUUCUGUCAGCAUGACGUGGACCUGGGGGAGCGGGGCCUGGGGAACCUGUUCCGGAACCUGACGUUGGAGCGAGUGGUGGAGCGGUACCGGCAGACGGUGAACAUUAGCUCAGCCAUCAUGUGCCAGUUCUGUAAGCCGCCCCAGCAGGAGGCCAGCAAGGGCUGCACGGAAUGUCGGGCCAGCUUCUGUAAUGAAUGCUUCAAACUCUACCACCCCUGGGGCACCCAGAAAGCUCAGCACGAGCCCACCCCUCCCACACUCACCUUCAGGCCCAAGGGUCUCACAUGUCCGGACCAUAAGGAGGAGGUGAUGCUAUACUGUAAGACGUGUCAGCGACUGGUUUGUCAGAUCUGCAGAGUGCGCCGGACACACAGCAGCCACAAAAUUACCCCAAUGGUCAGCGCCUACCAGGCCCUAAGGGAUAGACUGGGUAAGAGCAUCGCCUACAUCAUGGGGAGUCAGCUGAUUGUCCAAGGGCAGAUAAGUGAGCUGGAAGAGAGCAUGAGACAUACUGAGCUGAACGGGGCCAAAGCUCUGGAGGAGGCUCUGCAGCUUAUCGGAGCUCUGCGCUCCGUCCUCGAUGAGAAGCAAGCGGCGCUGACCCGGGACAUUGCGGAGCGUCAGCGCGAGCGGCGCUGCGUCCUGGAGGCCCAGGUGUGGGAGCGCCAGGCGCUGUUGGAGAACUCUGGGCUGGUGAGCUACGCACAGGAGGUGAUGAAGGAGACGGAGCAGCCAUGUUUCAUCCUUGCAGCAAAGCAGCUGCACGAACGCAUCAUCCGCGCUAUAGAGUCUGUCCAGAGCUUCCGGUCAGCGGCCUGCGCCCCUCUUCCACCAUUCAAGAUGGACGUCAGUAGAGAGCUGAAGUUGCUUACGGAGCUGAACUUCGUCCGAGCACCAGAUGCUCCAGUCAUCGACACGCAGCGCACAUACGCGUAUGAUAAGAUCUACCUGAGCUGGCGCCUCCCCCAGGAUUCCCCGCCUGCCUGGCACUACACGGUGGAGUACCGGAAAACGGACCCCAAACACAAUGCCCUGAAGCUCUGGCAGCGGCGGGAGGAAAUCUGGAGCCUCAGCACCAUCCUAGAAGGACCAGACACUGACAGCGUCUAUGUGCUGAGGGUAAAAGGCUACAACAAGGCUGGAUAUGGGGAGUACAGCGAGGACAUUUACCUGCACACACCACCUGCACCAGUGCUGAACUUUUUCCUGGACAGCAGCUGUGGGUUCCCACGAGACCGGCUGGUGGUCAGUAAAGACCGGAGGGCGGUACGUAGUGUACCCGGUGUACCCAUGCUGUUUGCCGCUGAGCGCCUAAUGACGAGCUGCCACGUCUCCAUGGAGCUGGUACUGGGGGACGUGGCCAUCACGCAGGGUCGCUACUACUGGGAAUGUUCCGUGGACCCCAGUUCCUAUGUGGUGAAAGUGGGUGUGGGACAGGAGAAUAAGCUGCAGGAGCUAUUCCAGAUGCCUCAGGACGUGGUCAGCCCGAGUAGGUACGAUCCAGACAGCGGCCAUGACUCCGGGGCAGAAGAUGCCACCAUGGAUGUAUCGCCAGCCUUCUGCUUCCUGACCAUUGGUAUGGGGAAGAUUCUUCAGCCACACGGGUCUAUGCCAACUUCCCGGGACCCCUCUGGCUGCACCGUUCCCCUACCUCCGCGGCUGGGCGUCUUCCUUGACUAUGAGAAGGGUCGAGUGGCUUACUUUGAUGCUGUGUCCCACCGUAGUCUGUGGGAAGGCAGCGUGGACUGUUCCGGACCGGUCUGCCCUGCGUUCUGCUUUAUCGGGGGAGGCGCCCUACAACUGCAGGAACUGGUAUCCAUCAAACACGAGCGUAAGGUCAACAUUGGGGGCUUUACCAAAGUAGAGUGACGCCACGCAUUCAUACAAGGGACGUACUGGUGCCCCCAUCCUACGGGGGGGGGACACUAAAGCCCUGUGCGCACAACCACCAGGAGAAUAAACUGGUGUCCAUCAAACAUCGCUCAAGUUAUCUUCUCCAGAGCAGAGGUCCCUUGGUGGCUGCUCCUCGGUGGCACAACAUCUUCAGUCUCGUCAAGUGGAGGCUCAAAGCCAAGUGGCAGAAGAUAAUAAUGUAUGCAGAUUGCUGCACAGGGAGAAUAUUGGAAUGAUCUGGACCAAGGAGGCACGGUAGCAUCGCUGUACAUGGUGACAUUUAUCUCUGUGGCCUCUCAGGCCGAUGUCCUUGUCUAAGCACCCUUCUGUCUCCCUCCAUCCGGGCUGGACCCACUGUGACCUCCCCACCCCCCAGCUCUAGUCUAGUGCUCAGUACAACCGCUCCCCACCACUUUCUAUGCUCUUUUCUAGGGGGAGGAACGUCUUCCCUUUUCUACACUUGGCCCAAGCUCGGCCCACCACACACAAGCGGACCACUUUCUCUAUGUGACUGCACACGCUAGCUGAGAAUGCAUGAUACAGGCAUGCACACCCACACACACACACACGCAUGUACAUUCUGAGCUCAGACGGAGGCCCCGGGCGGUGGUAGGACGCAUGUUCCUGUAUGUGCAGGGAUUAGUGGGUUGUCCGUCUCUGUGUCACCCAUCAUCAGCAAUGUCUGCGGCGGAGGAAUACAGGAAGCGCACGUGUGGCUCGAUUUGAUGGGAGCACCCAGGGGGGGCAAUGCUGUGGAUGGGUUAUGAUCUCCCAUCAUGCCACAAUGCGUGGGUGAGUGCAGACGAGGCUGAGCAGGGGCCAGGCUCAUUUCCAUAGAUCACUAUUAAACACACCACACAUGGCAGACAAUGGCCGGCUUGUGUAGGAAAUUCAGAGAUAAUAACAUUAAAAAUAAAGAGGAAAAGUUU